AUGAGCAGCCAAAUCGCCACCUUGAGCAGCAGUAUGACCACCGACAAUCUUUGGACGCUCAAUGCAACAAUUGACAAGGUUCACGGAAGCCUUGACAAGAUCCUGAAAACGGUUCAGGAGCCAGGCCGGAUUGGUACGGUGCAGGGCAAUGGUAACGGCCAGCCUCAACUCACUCAGCAGCAACAAGCCACCCAGCAGCAAAACGCUCGACAGGCGUCCCAGAUACGCGCUCGCCAGCAGCAAUACGCCCAGCAGCAGUUCGCCCAGCAGCAGUUCGCCCAGCAGCAGCGCGCGCCCAUGAACUUUGCUCCCGAGCCUCUGCAACAGCCUUCCAUUCACACGCAGCAACCUCAAGCCUUCGCCACCACGCCUGCCUUUGACUUCUGGAAUGGGUCCCAGAUGGCCACCGCUUCUGGCCAGCAGAAUCAAAAUACUGCUUUCGGCAACGGACUCGCCGGAAUCGCUCCCAUGCGUUCCCAGGCCAGGCAUGUCAGCGGCCUCUUGCCAUUCCCCCUCAUGACCCAGGACCAGACUGGAGCUGCCGGUACAGAUGACGUUUUCAACGGGUUCGCUCACCCACAGUUCUUUGGCAUGCCCGAAGAUGUGGCCAAGAAGCGUCGCCAUGAGGACUACUGA